AUGUUAGAACUUCACGACGAUUGGGAUACCCAAGCUUUGUAUCAAAAUGAAGUGGAUAAUUGCAAUUCCUGUGAAAAGCAAAGCCCUGUAAAGCGCACAGGAAUUUUGUGCGGUCCCAACCUGCGUCUGGUUGGCGUCAACUAUGCCAAAAAUCUGUAUCGGGCCAGUAUGCUGCUAGUGUGUCGUGACAUUGAAUGCCCCGAGGUUAGUUUCAUUCGUGGACCCAGUGAGAGCAAGCACGUCAAAGCUGACGACGUGCGUCGCGGAGAAUUGCCAAGCACUCUUUUUUACGUGGACAACGGAAUCGAUUUUUACAGGUACACCAUCGAGUUCCCCAUGGAAUCAUACGAACAGGUCGUGAAAUACUCCAUUGGCGGUGAUCACCAGCCUCAUUAUCGAUUCUUCGUGCCAUCCAAAAAUAACAAUUUCAACGUUAUGUCAUUCUCGUGCAAUGGUUUUUCGUUGAACGUUGAUACCACCCAGUUCCAGGGUUCAAUGUGGUUUGACGUUCUCAACAAGCACGCCAAGACUCAUUACCACGUAAUGCUCGGAGGUGGUGACCAAAUCUACUCGGACGGCGUGAACGUUUUUUGCGAAGGCUUCAAAAAUUGGUUGCAUGAGAAAAAUGCGGUCAAAAAGUUCAGGGCGCACUUAACUUCAGAGCUGCGUGCAGAGCUCGACGAGUUUUAUUUGAAGGAAUACUUGGAAUGGUACGGGUACGGUUACUGGAAGGGAAGCACGCCAAAAUCGCAAACGACCCAGAAAUGUUUCCCCAUUGCCAUGGCCACCAUACCUUCGAUCAACAUCUGGGAUGACCAUGAUAUAAUCGAUGGGUUCGGGUCCUAUUCGGAUUCCUUCCAGUCGAACGAGGUUUUCAGUGGGGUCGGUAAAGCCGCUUACAAGUAUUACAUCCUAUUCCAGCAACAUGUUUCUAUCGAGGAAAAGGAAGCCUAUCUGGAGGACGAAUCAUGGCUGUUGGGCGCUCAGGAUGGCGCAUACAUAGGUGAAAAGUCUCACUCAAUUUUCACUAGAUUGGGCCCAACGAACGCAAUGCUGGGAUUAGAUUGCCGCACGGAAAGAAAGCUGAAGCAAAUUGUUUCUUGGGACUCUUACGACCUUGUUUUUAAGAGGUUAGAGAAAGAAAUUGCGGAGGGUAAAAUUGAUCACUUGAUGGUCAUGCUUGGUGUCCCUAUCGCUUACCCUAGAAUGGUUUGGCUCGAGUGGAUUUUUUCAUCGAGAUUUUUGACACCACUGAAAUACCUUGCAAAGAAGGGCAUUAUUGCCCCUGGUCUUGUCAAUUCUUUCAACGGUGACAUAGAAUUGUUGGACGAUUUGAACGAUCAUUGGUGUGCACGUCAUCAUAAGAGAGAAAGAAAUUAUCUUGUUGCAAGGUUGCAAGACUUUGGCGCAAAGCAUGGGGUUCGUGUAACGAUUCUAUCCGGAGACGUGCAUCUUGCCUGUGUGGGCCGGUUCCGCUCCAAAUUGCACUCUCACCAUAUUACCGGUGGGAAGCAGGAUGAAGUCAAAAAGAUUUUGAACGAGCCAGAAAAGGACGUAAGAUUGAUGUUCAAUAUCAUUUCGAGUGCAAUUGUCAAUACUCCACCUCCUAAUCCAAUGAGUACACUUCUUCAGAAAAGGUCGGGCAUUCAUCAUUUUGAUCGCGACACUGAUGAGGAUGUCGUGCCUUUAUUCAAGACAGACGUGGAUGGCUCGAAUAGGGCAAGUUUUUCAUUCAUGAACCGCAGAAACUGGUCCGACUUGAUUCCAAUCGAGAAUAUAAUGGAAAGUGAGUAUCUGAGGGACUUUUACAAAGUUUCUGUCGGUGACUACUGCUACUCAGGCUUGGUUACAAGUACCGGCUUGGUAAGCAAAGCUAAAGUCGACCACAGCACCAGUAAAAAGCAAGACGUUUCCUACCCUAUCACCGCCAAAGGGCUUAUUGCUUCGAUCCAUGCUGAAAAGGACACAUUUAACAAAAACUCCGAGACGGAAGCGUACGCAGUGGUUAUCCCAGAAUUACAGAAUGUGCAAACUUCCAUUUCUCACGAGGGUAUCAAGCACGUUAGUUCCAACACUUAG